AUGAUUUCAUUAUCCAAGUCAUCUGUUCUCAAACCAUUUCACUCACCUUUGCAAGAUUCAUCAAAAGUAAAUUUACCAUUACAUUCGAAUGCAUCUAAAAAAAAUCCCACACUUGGUGGUCGACAAGUUCUCCGUAGAGUUUCUGAGAUGGAUAAUUCCGAAGUACAAGAAAUAGCUGGGAAAACUACAAUAAUCAAGAAUUACUACAUAACUGCUAAACAA